CCUUCAUGUUACUUUAAAUAGCUUCACAUUUUCAAGCUUCUGUUCGUCCAGUAUUUUUGUUCUGCGUGUGAUGUGUCCAUGAUCGGCCUCAAGGGUUAGAACUGACUGAAAUAUACUGAAUGUUGCAGAACUGAACCUUGAACAUAACGGAUGUGGUGAAACCCAACAAAAGGUUCAGGAUUAUGGGCGGAGCCUGUUUCUGUGUCAUGCUGUGCAAACAUGACAAACUUCAACAAAGAGCAGUGGAAUGACUAUCCUUGUCCUGAGGGAGUGUCAGGGCGAUACGUCACCGUGUCCUUUCCAGGAACGUGGUUUUUGAUUCUGUGUGAAGUGAAGAUCUACGGGAACAAAAAAAAGUCACCCUUUGAGCUGAUCCAGGAGAACAAGACGUGGGAACAUGCCCUGCAGCACUGCAGAGACAAUAACAUGGACCUGGCUACCAUCCUCGAUGAAGAGGACCAGGUCCUGGCUGAGCUGGAGGCCCAGAGAGCCGACACUCUCUUCUUGUGGCUGGGCCUCCACUACACCUGCAUCCUGGAGGUUUGGUUCUGGGUGGCUGAUUAUCGCUUGGAGUUCAACCGCUGGGCUCCAGGGGGAAAAACAGGAGACUGUGACAGGAGUGCUGUCAUGAGCAGAGCUGAGGGCCAUCAGUGGUUCAGCAAGUCUGACUACGAUGAGUUUAACUUCAUCUGUCAGAAGUUUUAGUUUUCUCAGCUCCGCAGAUAUCAGUGACCCUGCAGUAAUCUCAGUAGUUUAACUCCAUAUUUUAGGACGUGCAUGCGCUUUAACUUUGCAAGAUGUGUUUGAACUGAAUCCAUAAUACUGUGUUUAUUUCAUAAUCCGUGUGGUGAUGAUGUGUGUAAACGAGGGACGACGAGGGAACAUUUUGUAACAUGUCGUUACUUUUAAUUCUUUUAUCCUGUAAAACAUUCGCUUCGACGGUUUGUGUUUUGAACAACAUUCUCUAUACAUGUUGUCUCUCUGAAUGUAAACGUGCCUUUUUUUAUGUCAUUAGUUUUGCUGUGUGCCAAUAAAAAGUCUAAAUAAAGUAAAAGUUGAGACAUUC